GACAACCAUUCUGGAUACUACACUUGGCAGUGCUGGUGACUGACAAGGCCAAGGUCCAGCAGACAGAUCACCUGCCCCACCAGAACUUACCCUUCGCAACCUGACUCCCUGCUGGCUAGGGAAGUAGCAGCCAGGGUCACUCAUCCAGGGAUGCACCAUGCCAAUCGUCGAUAAGCUGAAGGAGGCCCUGAAGCCUGGCCGCAAGGACUCAGCUGAGGAUGGAGACCUGGGCAAGCUGCUGGCCACCUCUGCCAAGAAAGUCCUUUUACAGAGGAUUGAGUUUGAGCCGGCCAGCAAGAGCUUCUCCUACCAGCUGGAGUCCUUGAAGAGCAAAUAUGUGCUGCUGAACCCCAGGGCAGAAGGGACUGGUCGGCACAAGAGUGGAGAUGAGCUACAGGCCAGGAAGCAGGGCAGCGAGCGUGCAUCUGGAGGGGAUGGAGUCCCGGCCCCCCAGAAAGUGCUCUUCCCCACAGAGCAGCUGUCCCUCCGGUGGGAACGCAUCUUCCGUGUUGGUGCAGGGCUGCACAACCUGGGCAACACCUGCUUCCUCAACUCCACCAUUCAGUGUUUGACCUACACACCGCCUCUGGCCAACUACCUGCUCUCCAAAGAGCAUGCGCGGAGCUGUCACCAGGGAAGCUUCUGUAUGCUGUGUGUCAUGCAGAACCACAUCGUCCAGGCCUUUGCCAACAGUGGCAAUGCCAUCAAGCCCAUCUCCUUCAUCCGAGACCUGAAAAAGAUUGCCCGGCAUUUUCGCUUUGGGAACCAAGAGGAUGCACAUGAGUUUCUGCGCUACACCAUCGAUGCCAUGCAGAAGGCCUGCUUGAAUGGCUAUGCCAAGUUGGAUCGGCAAACUCAGGCUACCACUCUGGUGCAUCAGAUCUUCGGAGGCUAUCUCAGGUCCCGAGUGAAAUGUUCCAUGUGCAAGAGCGUCUCCGACACCUACGACCCCUACCUGGACAUAGCGCUGGAGAUCCGGCAAGCUGCAAAUAUUGUGCGUGCUCUGGAACUUUUUGUGAAACCAGAUGUCCUGAGUGGAGAAAACGCCUAUAUGUGUGCUAAAUGCAAGAAGAAGGUUCCAGCCAGCAAACGCUUCAGCAUCCAUAGGACAUCCAAUGUCCUCACCCUUUCCCUCAAGCGCUUUGCCAACUUCAGUGGGGGAAAGAUCACCAAGGAUGUGGGCUACCCCGAGUUCCUGAACAUCCGGCCAUAUAUGUCCCAGAAUAGUGGGGACCCUGUUAUGUAUGGGCUGUACGCCGUCCUGGUCCACUCAGGCUACAGUUGCCACGCUGGGCACUACUACUGCUACGUGAAGGCAAGCAACGGACAGUGGUACCAGAUGAACGACUCCUUGGUCCAUUCCAGCAACGUCAAGGUGGUUCUGAACCAGCAGGCCUACGUGCUCUUCUACCUGCGAAUUCCAGGUUCUAAGAAAAGUCCUGAGGGUGCCAUCUCCAGGGCAGGCUCUGCUCUUCCCAGCCGCCCAAGUGUCAUUCCAGAUCACACCAAGAAGAGCACUGGCAAUGGAGUGGCUUCCUCCCCACUGGCUGUGAAGCGACAAGACUCUAUGCCAAUUCGAAAACUGCAGGCCCCCGAGGAGACAGGUGUGCCUGUGUCCAGAAAUGGCUCUCUGCCAAGCCUGAAGUCACAAAAUGGUUAUGUUCCUACAAAGCCACCCUUGGGGUCCCCCUCCUCCAGACUCGUCCUCACGCCCACACACAUGCCGGCGCUCCUGGACGAGCCAGGAAAGAAAGCAAAGAAGCUGGUGCCUCUGCAGCCCUCUUCUCCAUCCCUCCGGAUAUCUCAGGGCUCAUCUGGUGCCGGUGAAGCUGGGAGCCGGCGGCAGGGCUCCUGGGACAGCAGUGAUGCCAUCCUCUCUACCUCACCAAAGCUCCUAACCAAGGCCACAGUCAAUGGGCAUGGGCCAAAAGGAGAAGACUGCUCGGACCCAGAGAAGGGAGCUUCCAGCAGCUCCAGCCCAGAGCAUUGCACUAGUAGCGGCCCCACCACAGCUCCACAGACCCCCGAGCGCGGAGCUGCCCGCUUCAGCCAUUCUCAGGGAACAGACAGUCCCUCUGCUGGUCACGCCAAAGUGCCGCCUAGUGGAGCAGAUGCUAAGGCAGCAAAGCUGAAGUCCCCGGCCCUGGGCAGUACUGCCACGGAGCCCACAAGCCUCAUGUCUCCUCCACCAGCCAAAAAGCUGGCCCUAUCUGCCAAGAAGGCCAGCACCUUGCGGAGGGCGACAGGCAAUGACCUCCGUUCACCUCCCCCUCCACCAUUCUCCGACCUCACCUACCCCAUGAAAACCACUCACCCCGUCGUCGCCUCCACUUGGCCUGUCAGUAAAACCAGGGCUGUGUCACCUGCUCCCCAAUCAUUUCACCUACUGAAGCCUCUUGUCAGCCCCUCUUCAGCAUCAUUGUCCAGUAGUGGUCCCCAACCCCCAGGGACCCCUGAGCCACAGGCCCACCCCCCCACCUGGACUGCCCUGCCUCAGGUCAAUGGAGACCUCAUGCCCCUAUCACACCAGCUGCUGGAGACCAGCAAGGGCCCUCAAAGCCCCUCUAAGAAGAAGAAGAAGAAGAAGACCCUCAUGGGAGAGCCACAGGGGCCGGGCUCAGAGGCACACCUCCUACAGUACCUCAGGGGAGCAGCUGAUCGGCCUCGCAGGAGGAAGAAAAGGAAGAAGUGCCUCGACUCUGCAGCUGUGGCCACCCUGCAGGAAGAGCGGACAUGGGAGCACCCUGGGAGCCCCAAGGGCAAGACAAAGGGCUGGCCAGAAUGGCCAGGCAGUGUGCAGACAGAAGGCACACAGCCACGGGUGAAUGGCCAUCCAGUGAGUCAUGUCCUUGAUGGCCACCACAUAAGUAGCAGGAAAAGGAGGAAGACAGGACCGGAGGGACUCAUUGAAGAUGGCCUCCGUCGGGACCCACCUCAGCACAGCAGCUGCUCCCCCACAGAGCACAGGGAGCCUGGGACCAGGGCAGAGUCUCCAAGGAAAAAGAAAAGGAGAAAAAGAAAGCAUGAGUCACAGCAGGAAGAAGAGGACAGUGAGUCCCCGGAAGGCUGGAAGAGCCCGAGGCCCAUAAUCACCACAGAGCCCGAGUUGAACAUAAGCACUCGUCCAUCUCGGGACUACCUGGGAGUGGGACAAGCUCCACUUGUGCCCUGCAACAGAGAUCGAGAAUCUGACGUAGUCCAGGAAUUGCUUAAAUACUCAUCCGAUAAGGCCUAUGGGAGGAAAGUUCUGACCUGGGACGGUGAGCUGUCUGCUGUCAGUCAGGACGCCAUGGAAGACAGCAGACUGGCCCGGACCCAGACUGUGGUUGAUGACUGGGAUGAAGAGUUUGAUCGAGGGAAGGAAAAGAAAAUGAAGAAAUUCAAGAGAGAAAAGAAGAGAAACUUCAAUGCAUUUCAGAAGCUUCAGAGUAGACGUAAUUUUUGGUCUGUGACUCAUCCAGCCAAGGCCGUCAGUCUUAGCCAUCGUCUCUGAGCCCUUUGCUGACAAAUAGAGGUGACUAUUGUAUCUUUCAGCUCUUCAGGAUGCCAUGUGCUGGUGUCCUAUGUGGACCACUGAGGGUGGCAGUGAGGAUGCGAGUCUCUUCUCACCUGGAGGAUCAGUGUUCCUGUAGCCUCCUAGAGCGGUCGUAUUCUAUAUCAUGGGUGCUGUCCAUCUAGAUCUGGAGUGCGGUCUCAUGUGGGCCUCGCUGCCCAGUCACCUCUGCACUGUGAGCUGUCACAGUGAGGGCUCAGGAACCACAGUCUCCAGUUGACCCUACAUAGAGAUCAUGUGGCUUCUGCAGCUCAGGACCUCUAGUGACAUUCACACAAAGAACUGGCAGCCACCCAUGAGGACCUGGAAGGCCAAGCAUCAUGGACAGUGGAGUCUGUGUGACAAAGCCUCUACCACUGGUCGGGGGCUGUCAGAGCAGAAGAGUCAGGCGGUGUCUCCAGCACAUCUUUUGCUCAGGUGGUAGGCAUAUGCUUGGUAGCUCUUUCUGGUGAACUGUCCCUUGUUCCCUGAGGUGGGGACUGCCUCAUCCUGCAUCCUGCCCUGCCUGCGCCCUACCCACAGGGCGAGGGGCUGUGUAUGCCUUACUGUUAGGGCAGAAAGGAAGCCCCAUGCACCCCGCCCUGCCACUUCUUGUUCAGUGCAUCGCUUCCUGAGAAGGUAGGGCAGAGGAGCCCUGGAAACUGUGUGCCAAUGCCCCCGCUUUGAAGGCUGCUAUCUAUUCUGAUGACUGCGGAGCUCCCCUUAAAGCUGCAAUAACCCACGGCUCCCUGCGGAGGUGGCGCAUGGGGGUGGACUCUCCGUUAUUUUACUACUUAAUAUAAAGCAUUUAUUUUUGACCAGG